GUGUACUUGGGACCGUUUGUGCGACAUGGCGGCACAGAUUGGCAUUACGAAGGUAACCGGUAACCGGAACUGGGGAGUAUCGUGCACAUCUCCAAGUCGAAGGCUGGAGAUGCAGAACGUUGAGAGCAGUUUAGUGGUAGUAGAACCCUGCCACCACCGAGAGCACUCUUUGAGAGCACUCUCGAUCGGUGAUCGAGAUCGCGAGCAGUGAAGUGCUGUGAGAUUUGGGCUGGAAAAAAGAGGAAAAUAUUGCACACCCGAUCAGAAAUCAACUAAUGCUUCAUCUAAUUGUGCUCUUAAUCUUCAGGUGUCGAGGGAGGAGAAUGUUGUUCUGAUGGGGAUGCGAGUGCAGAUGCGGAUGGAGACAACGAGAAAUAUUCAAUUUCAAGUUGGAUCUCGAUAGGUUCUGAGAGGCAGCAGCGCAGAUGAAAUGAAGUGCACAUACAUCAGAUCCCAGUCUUCAAGCUCUGGUGAAUACCAAUCGGCAUACAAAAGUGAUGAGUGAGAAGUGGAGCUCUUCAGAGGCUCUGAAGUGGACGUGCACACCAUCGACAGUCUCCCACCAAAUUUCAGUAGGUGCAUAGCGAUAUCGUCCGCCAUUGGUGCGGCGCAAUCUAUUGCGAAUAUCUUGGCUGCAGCGCAUGUCAUUAAGCCAGGAUCUAGAUCUUACGCUCGCCGAAAUAAAGAUGCAUCUGAAAUAGAAUGGAGGCGCAAAAGAUGAGAUCAGCUGAACAGCAUGGGAGAGCAGAUCAAUCCCAAUAAUUCGAAGGUCGUCCAGCAUUUGGCAGACGUCGAGAAGAAAUCUCUACGACAGAUAGAGACACUGACGAAAGACUGCAGUCCAUCUCCACUCUCACUCACAUCAGCAUCCCCCACGGUUGGACAACCUCUCUCGUCCCGUCUCGGAGUGCACGAAGAUGAUAUCGUCACAGUCUGAUCAGAUCCUCUGCCGGGACCCACGACCAAGUCUAAAGACUUCGUUCAUCCUCCACCGGCGGAAUUGCGCAGAAGCUCAUCCACCCACUUUUCUCCGAUAUCCGUUUACCGUUCCAAUUCGUUUCUUUUCGAGUAAGUCGUCCACUUUUUCCGACCCUCCCUUUCCCUUUGCCUGUUGCUCCCAUCCGUUUCAGACCCGAAGGCCUUGAGGCAAGAGCCCGUCCUCGAUCGAGCUGGCUCUUGCCUCGAGACUGAGGGUGGUCGGAAGAAACGGCUGAGCGAGAUGACAGUCCUUCUGAGCGUGGCUUGCGUGAGCACAGACAUAUAUACACUCCCAGCAGUGGCCUCCCAAGCCUCAAUCACUGUCAGCCCCCUCAGCAAGCCCAUACAGUGCAUGAUCAGACUGACAUAUGUCGAUCCACUCCCAAAUCAUUGCGCAUAUACUUCUCAGGAACGCGAUCCAUCGAUCGAUCUACAGGAGGAGGAGGAGAGUUGACUACUCUACUCCCAUUGUACAUGAAAUUUCUGAUCGUAUGUACUUCUACGGACCUGGAAAUACGAACAAGGAGUUCAACGAUGAGCAUCAAUCUGUGCUUCUCCUGAGCUGAUUCUAUGUAUCACAUGACGCACCGUGGGGCGAAAAAAACAGUCCAAUCUAAAAGCAAGAAGACGUGCCAAGUAGUCGAGGACGAAGUGAUGUAUGAGUGUGUGUCCAUGUAUAUCUCUAUAUAUGGAUUUGUAUAUUUGGACACUUUACUGCACCCAGAGAGAGGAGACGGGUGCAGAGGGGUGCAGUCGAGAUUUUGUAGGACCCAACAAGAUUCAUUAGUUGACUGGCACCCGAUUCCUCUUCUCUUCUCUUCGGUGGGUGCUGUACAUCAGCUGCCCGCCCUCUUCUUCCUUCAGAUGCAGUCCUCAUCGAUUCUCGAUCAUUCCAUCUGAUCCUGCCAAUCCUCCAUACUCAUCACUGCCUGCAGCCAUCACUUGAAAAUGGUUUGUUGUACAGUUCUAUCUCUUUUCGUGUCUUCGGAGCUGAAAACUUAAUAAAGGCCGCACGUUGAAGGGAGAGAUUCUUGUAAUUCUUUUGUGUACAAUUUCGAUUUGC